AUGGCCACCGCCGAAAAGCCUCAAGAGAAGCAGAAGCAGUUUCAAGUUCCGGACGACGUUGAGUCUGGCGAAGACUAUGAUAGCGCCGAUGAUUACUCGGACGACGAUGACCAGAACCGUCCCGCUCAGAACAAUCAGCUUCAGCGUCGCCGUCGGCCGCAACAACAAAAGGCAAAGCAACAAGAUGAGCUCGACGAAUACUCGGACGAAGAUGACUACUCGGACGAAUACUCCGAUGAAUAUUCCGACGAUGAGGACGUUAUGCAACCCCGGAGGGCCAUGCAGCCAUACAAUGGGCAGUCCGCCAAUGGCGUACCGGACGGGGACUUCAACGUGAUUGAAGAGAAGAAAGAGGACCUCGAUGAGGAAGAAGGCAUGAAGUUGAAGAUUGAAUUGAAUCUGGAGAUCGAAGUGGAGCUCAAGGCCCGCAUCCACGGUGAUCUGACCCUUGCUCUGAUGUAA